AUGGCGGAGGCAAUCAUAUUACCGAUUGCCAAAUCUAUACUUAAGAAGAUCGGUUCUUUUACCGGUGAUGUUGUCAUUUCCUCUGUUUCCAAAGAAUUAAAAGCGGCCAAGUCAGCUAAGAAAGAUAUCAAUAAGAUAGCCGAUAAGCUCACUGCUAUUUGUGCUGUCCUCCAUGAUGCUGAAAACAAGCAAUACUCGAACGAAGCCAUGAAAGUUUGGCUAAGAGAUCUCAAGCGUGUUGUUUAUGAUAUUGAUGAUCUCUUGGAUGAAGUCGCCUUUGACGCUUUACAACGCCGUGUCAAUAAAGGUCGUUUUCGCCGCAAGCUUAGGUACUAUCUUUCCUCCUCAAACCCCUUCAUUUUUUCUUUUCAUGUGAGUCACAAAUUACGAGAACUCCGUCAACAGCUAGAACACAUUGUGGCUAAGAAAAAUGAUUUUGGUUUGACUGAGAAUCCGGUUGACUACUCAACCGCCGACAUCAGGGAUCCUUUUGAUAGAAGCUCAUAUGUCCAUGUACCUGAUGUUGUUGGAAGAGAUGAGGCUAAGCAAGAUGUUAUAAAAAGAUUGGGUAGUGUCAGUGAUGUUAGUGAGCUCUUUGUGCUUCCUAUUGCUGGGAUGGGUGGGAUCGGAAAAACUACAUUAGCUAAGUUGGUGUAUCAUGAUGUCCAACACUUUGAUCUUAAGUUGUGGGUAUGUGUUUCAGACACGUUUCACAUACCCAAGAUCAUAGAGGACACUUUGAAGGAUGGUACCGGUGAUAGUACUCCAAACCAAGAUAUGAGUAUAUUGGUGAAAAAGCUCCAUAGUUUGUUGAGAAGGAAGAAAUACUUGCUAGUGUUGGAUGAUGUCUGGGUCGAGGAUUUUGCAAGUUGGAAAGAGCUUAAGGAUGUGCUAGUUGUUGGUAAUUCGGGGAGUGUACUUUUGAUCACUACAAGAAACUCCAAGGUUGCUUCUAUCACUCAAACAUUUGAAUCGUCUUAUGAUUUGGACAGUCUUCCAAUGGAAGUUUGCUGGUCAAUGUUCAAGCACCUUGCAUUCAAAGAUGGCGAGGAAGGCAAAUAUCCGAGACUUUGUGAAAUUGGCAGGUCUAUUGUUAAAAAAUGCCAUGGCAUCCCACUUGUUGUGAAGACUUUGGGGAGUGUAUUAAGAAGUGUGAGGGACGAACAGGAAUGGCAACGAAUUAACGAUAUGGAAAGUUUUACAAAAUUGAAGCAACAUUAUGGUAAUGUUUUACCACUACUAAAAUUAAGUUAUGAUAAAUUACCAUCUCACUUAAAACCAUGUUUUGCUCACUUGUCCUGUCCUUGUAUGUGA